GCCGUGGGAGCGCCCGAGGAGGAGAGGAGCGAAGCGAAGCGGGCGGUGAGGAGUCGCCGGGAUCGAGGCAGAUCUUGAUCGUUAUGGCAAAAUCUUUCAGCGGUGUGUGGUAUAUCCAGCUACAGGCCGGAUGAUCUACAGUCAUCUGAAACAUGAUAUAUACAUUUCCUCUUCCUUGUUCAUGCCUACAUGCUGACACACUACCAGUUAUGUUUCCAAAAGAGGAGUUCACAGAAAUACACAGUGCCUGAUCCUACUAGCCACUUUGAUGUUCCUCCCUGGACCAUACUAUGUCAGAGAGCCACAAUGAUCAUGCACAAUAGCAGUUCAGCCUUGCCCCUGUUUUCAAAUGUGAGCUCCUUCUGGAAGAGAGAUUCCCAUGGACCAGGACUACUUGAUGAAGGAGCAUCGCUUAUUGGCAGCUAUGAUUUUCCUCAGACCACAGAGAGCUUUCCCUUCUCCACUGUGGAAUCAACAAACACAUCCCUAAAUGCCACAAUCAAAGACCCUCUGGGUGGACACACUGUCUGGCAAGUAGUUUUGAUUGCUUUCCUCACUGGGAUCGUUGCACUAGUGACCAUCAUAGGAAACAUCCUAGUGAUUGUCUCAUUUAAGGUUAACAAACAACUGAAAACAGUCAACAACUACUUCUUGUUGAGUCUUGCUUGUGCAGAUUUGAUCAUCGGUGUUAUUUCCAUGAAUCUUUUCACCACAUACAUUAUUAUGGGCCACUGGGCUUUGGGAAACUUGGCCUGUGAUCUUUGGCUCUCCAUUGACUAUGUUGCCUCUAAUGCCUCUGUCAUGAAUCUCCUUGUCAUAAGUUUUGACAGGUAUUUUUCCAUCACUAGGCCACUUACAUACAGAGCCAAACGAACAACUAAAAGGGCUGGAGUAAUGAUUGGUUUAGCAUGGGUCAUCUCUUUUGUUCUUUGGGCCCCUGCCAUCUUGUUCUGGCAGUAUUUUGUUGGGAAGAGGACUGUGCCUCCUGAUGAAUGUUUCAUCCAGUUUCUAAGUGAACCUAUCAUCACUUUUGGCACUGCCAUAGCUGCCUUUUAUUUGCCAGUCACCAUUAUGAGUAUUUUGUACUGGAGGAUUUACAAGGAGACUGAGAAGCGCACCAAAGAGUUAGCAGGACUACAGGCUUCAGGCAGUGAGGCAGAGACAGCACGCUUUGUACACCAGACUGGCAGCUCCCGGAGCUGCAGCAGCUAUGAGCUGCAACGGCAGAGCACAAAGCGCUCCAGCCGUAAGAAGUACAGGCGCUGCCACUUCUGGCUCACAAUGAAGAGCUGGGAACCCAACACAGACCAGGGGGAUCAAGAGCACAGCAGCAGUGACAGCUGGAACAACAAUGAUGCUGCUGCCUCCCUUGAAAAUUCAGCCUCAUCUGAUGAAGAGGACAUCACAGCAGAGACCAGAGCUAUCUAUUCAAUCGUGCUGAAGCUUCCUGGUCACAGUGCCAUCCUCAAUUCCACAAAGUUGCCCUCCUCGGAAGAUCUGAAUGAGUCAGCAGAUGAACUGCAGAAAUCCGACACGGACUCACAGGAAAAGAAACCUAAAAAACUGCAACCUCCCAGAAGUAUUCAGGAUGGUGGAAGUUUCCAGAAGAGUUUUUCAAAGCUUCCAAUUCAGCCAGGGUCAGCAGAGACAGCUACAGCUUCUGAUGGCAUCUCAUCAAUGACCAAGACAUCUGCAGCCCUGCCUUUGUCCUUCAAGGAAGCAACUCUGGCAAAAAAAUUUGCUUUGAAGACCAGAAGUCAAAUCACGAAGCGAAAACGAAUGUCACUUAUCAAAGAAAAGAAAGCAGCACAGACACUCAGUGCCAUUUUGUUUGCCUUUAUCAUUACCUGGACUCCUUAUAACAUCAUGGUUCUGGUGAACACCUUUUGCAACUGUGUCCCCAAAACUGUGUGGAACCUGGGGUACUGGCUUUGCUACAUCAACAGCACAGUGAACCCGGUGUGCUAUGCACUGUGUAACAAAAUGUUCAGAAAUACUUUCAAGAUGUUACUGCUGUGCCAGUGUGACAAACGAAAACGACGCAAACAGCAGUAUCAGCAAAGGCAGUCUGUCAUUUUUCAUAAGCGGAUCCCUAGGGAGGCUUCAUAGAAUAGUAUUUUUUAAACAACUGAAAAAAUAAUGGAGAAUGGGAUGGG